AAGAAGCCUGAGAGAACCCAACCCCCCCUGACAUCGUCUCACUCUUCUUGCCCCUUUUUCCUGUCUCUCGAUACCAGGCACAACCGUCGCCGGAGACCUGCUCAACAUCAUCCAGGAUAUCACUCUUAUCUUAUCGUCCAUCAUCCCCUCUAAUGGCUGCCAAUGCCCUUGACCAUCUCGCCCUUGGCGGCAGGAUCGAAUGGCUCUCUGAGCUCGAUACUGCCGCUACCCCGGUGAACAACUACCGGCGGACCUCCAUCAUCUGCACCAUUGGCCCCAAGACGAACUCGGUGGAGAAGAUCAACGCCCUCCGUCAGGCCGGCCUCAACAUUGUGCGUAUGAACUUCAGCCAUGGCAGCUACGAAUACCACCAGUCUGUCAUCGACAAUGCGCGCGCUGCCGAGAAGACGCUGCCCGGGAGGCAGGUUGCCAUUGCCCUCGACACCAAGGGCCCCGAGAUCCGGACGGGCAACACCAAGGAGGACCAGGAUAUCCCCAUCUCGGCCGGCAAGGUCUUGAACAUCACCACCGACGAGAAAUAUGCUACCAGCUGCGACACUGAGAACAUGUACGUGGACUACAAGAACAUCACCAAGGUGAUCGAGCCGGGCCGCAUCAUCUACGUUGACGAUGGUAUCCUCGCGUUUGAGGUCCUCGAGAUCACCGAUGCCAAGACCAUCAAAGUGCGGGCAAGGAACAGUGGCUUCAUCUCCUCCAAGAAGGGAGUCAACCUGCCCAACACGGAUGUUGACCUCCCGGCAUUGUCGGAGAAGGAUAAGAACGACCUCAGGUUCGGCGUCAAGAACAACGUCGACAUGGUUUUCGCCAGCUUCAUCAGGCGGGCUGAGGACAUUCGCUCUAUCCGCGAAGUGCUGGGCGAGGAGGGAAAACACAUCCAGAUCAUUGCCAAGAUCGAGAACAGGCAAGGCCUGAAUAACUUCAAGGAGAUCCUGGCGGAGACCGACGGCGUCAUGGUUGCCCGAGGCGAUCUUGGCAUCGAGAUUCCAGCCGCUGAGGUGUUUUCCGCGCAGAAGAAGCUGAUUGCCAUGUGCAACAUGGCUGGCAAGCCUGUCAUUUGCGCGACCCAGAUGCUCGAGAGCAUGAUCAAGAACCCGCGCCCCACGCGCGCCGAGAUUAGCGACGUCGGCAACGCCGUCGUCGACGGCGCCGACUGUGUCAUGCUCAGCGGAGAAACCGCCAAGGGCAUUUACCCCGAGCUGGCUGUCCAGGAGAUGAGCGAGGCCUGCCUCAAGGCUGAAAACACCAUCCCCUAUAUCAGCCACUAUGAGGAAAUGGCCUCGCUCAACGACAUGAAGCGGCCUCUCAGCUCCGUCGAGUCUUGCGCCAUGGCGGCCGUGCGUGCUUCUAUCGACGUUAAUGCCGGCGGUAUUAUCGUCCUCUCCACAUCCGGCGACUCGGCGCGCCUGCUCUCAAAGUACAGACCCGUCUGCCCCAUCUUCAUGGUCACGCGGAACGCCUCGGCCUCCCGCUACGCCCAUCUCUACCGCGGCGUCUACCCCUUCUACUUCCCCGAGGCGAAGCCCGACUUCACCAAGGUCAACUGGCAGGAGGACGUCGACCGCCGCAUCAAGUGGGGCGUCACCAAGGCGGUCGAGCUCAGCGUGCUCAACGUCGGCGACAACAUCGUCGUCAUCCAGGGCUGGCGUGGCGGCGUCGGCCACACCAACACCAUGCGCAUCGUCCGGGCCGACCCAGAGCACCUCGGCAUCGGCCAGCAUGAGUAGACACGCGCACACAUACAUCAAAGGUCUCCAAGUCAGCCCUGCGGGGGGGUUGGGGUCCGGGCAGAUCUUCAUUCGGACACUGUGAUUAACCUGGUCCUUCCAGCAAAGAUGGAUUUCAUAUUCUCGAGCCCCUGCUCCCACGGCUUCCCUCCCCCAUUCCGCCGAAUUCAGGGACGGUGACGGUUCGCCCAUUUGCACCGAUUGCUUGCGGCUUGGGAGAAGGAGCGGUGCUCGUUGUCUUGACGUAGACGAACGUUGGGUGAUAAAAUAGAGAUACAUAUUGGGUGUCUUUUACA